GUUUCCCUGUUUCCUGGUUCGGGGCUGGCAGCCAUUUUGGGUUGAGGAGCUCAGAGCGGAGGCCGCCGCCUGCGAGGGGACGGGGGAGAAGCUGCUGCCUCCGCUGCCCCGUCGGACGCCUGCAUCUGCGGAGCUCCCGCUGGGGGGGGUCUGGCCGCCGCCGCUGCUCCUCAGAGCGAGCUCCUUCUCCAGAGGCCGCGGGGUCCCCACUGACAUGUCCAGCAUGAAUCCCGAAUAUGACUAUUUAUUCAAGCUACUUCUGAUUGGAGACUCUGGUGUUGGGAAGUCUUGCCUUCUACUUAGGUUUGCAGAUGACACGUACACAGAAAGUUACAUCAGCACAAUUGGUGUGGAUUUUAAAAUCAGGACUAUAGAGUUAGAUGGAAAAACAAUCAAACUUCAAAUAUGGGACACAGCAGGCCAAGAGAGAUUUCGAACGAUCACCUCCAGUUACUACAGAGGAGCCCAUGGCAUCAUAGUUGUGUAUGAUGUUACAGACCAGGAGUCGUUCAAUAAUGUAAAACAGUGGCUGCAAGAAAUAGACCGUUAUGCCAGUGAAAAUGUUAACAAGUUGUUGGUAGGGAACAAAUGUGACCUGACCACAAAGAAAGUAGUAGACUAUACAACAGCAAAGGAAUUUGCAGAUUCCCUUGGAAUUCCAUUUUUGGAAACCAGUGCAAAGAAUGCAACAAAUGUAGAACAGUCUUUCAUGACCAUGGCUGCAGAGAUUAAAAAACGAAUGGGUCCUGGAGCUACAGCUGGUGGUGCAGAAAAGUCCAAUGUUAAAAUUCAGAGCACUCCAGUCAAGCAGUCUAGUGGAGGUUGCUGCUAAAAUUUGCCUCCCCCUUUUGUCUCACAACAAUGAAUUUUGCAAUCUGAACCCAAGUGAAAAAAAUUGCCUGAAUUGUACUGUAUGUAGCUGCACUACAACAGAUUCUUACCGUCUCCACAAAGGUCAGAGAUUGUAAAUGGUCAAUACUGACUUUUUUUAUUCCCUUGACUCAAGACAGCUGACUUCAUUUUCAGAACUGUUUUAAACCUGUGUGUGCUGGUUUAUAAAUGUGUGUAAUCCUUGUUGCUUUUCCUGAUACCAGACUGUUUCCCGUGGUUGGUUAGAAUAUAUUUUUUGUUUUGAUGUUUAUAUUGGCAUGUUUUGAUGUUGGGUUUAGUCUUCUGAAGAUGAAGUUCAGCCAUUUUGUAUCAAACAGCACAACAGUGUCUGUCACUUUCCAUGCAUAAAGUUUAGUAAGAUGUUAUAUGUAAGAUCUGAUUUGCUAGUUCUUUCUUGUAGAGUUAUAAAUGGAAAGAUUACACUAUCUGAUUAAUAGUUUCUUCAUACUCUGCAUAUAAUUUGUGGCUGCAGAAUAUUGUAAUUUGUUGCACAAUAUGUAACUAACAACCGAAGAAAUGUUUAAUAAAUAUUGUACUUAUUGGAAGUAAUAUCAAACUGUAUGGUGAUAAAUAUUGUCUUAAUUCUUAUGGCUAAGGGGGAAAUUAGGCUUGCAUUGUGCCCAAAAUGUAUCAUGUGCAGUAAUGGCACUUUAGACCCUCUAGUAGACCAAACACCCUUCCCAAAAAAUGUAACUAGGAAGUAUGGCCUAAAAGACUAAGUUGUCAUAGUCCUUCAGGCAUAUAUACUGUACUUGAAAGACACUUUAAGAGACUAAUGUUCAUGGAAGCAUAAUGCAUUCUGAAUGUACAGUAUUUUUUCCCCAUCUUAGUCUAUGAACUUUAAUUUAUUUCUGAAGGACUUCCUUUAGAAAUUCUAGUUUACUUUGCUCUGUAUUAGAGGUGGAAAACAUUUUUCCUAACAUGUGAAUGACUUAACUAACAACUCAAGGUGAUGUAACUCUGCCAGUAUGUCAUGUCUUUCUAUAUACUGUUACUUCCAUAUUCUUUUAAUCAAAUACUGUUUUGACUUUAUUAAAUAAACUUAGUGCAACAA